UUAGUCAAUCCUCUUUGACCCCGACACCCGUAAAAGUAUUAUACCUUUUGCAAUUCACCGAAAAAUUAUUGAUUUCCAUCGUUUCAACAUUACUAAAUGUGUAACCUCACUAUUGAUUACAUUAUCUAUUUAUUUGCCUUGGAAAUUCCGACGGUAUACGUUAAACCCCCCCUUCUCUGCCAGACAUGUUUACCGCCAUUUUUGAGGUGCAGGGAACCGUGCUCCCCGCAAAUUAUUUAUCACGCUCUAAACCGAAUAAUUCACUAAAAUACCAGUGAACCCCCCAUAAAAUCAUUUCAAGUGAUUACGAUUAAUGAACUAACCCAUUAUGUACAAUUAUAACACCAAAUUUAUAAUUAUUUAUUCAAUUUUACCGUGUUUCCAUGGAAAAUAACGAGGAAAUGAGAAACGCACGUCCCCUUGGUCGCCGCCAUUUUGGAUGUUGUUGGCGAUGCGCCGCGGGAUGCGCAGAGGUACAUAUAAACCAUUCGUUUAUUCAGUGCAGAGAUUCGGUGUAUUCCUUAUUCACUCGUCAGAGAAAAAAUGGAAUCCUAACCAAUUCGUAGUAAAUAACAACUGUUUUCGUGUCGAACCAGUGAUAAUAAACUCCCGAUAAUAAAGUUAGAGUUUAAAAUGAGCUCCCAACAGAGUCCAGCUGCUCUGCAAGCCUCCGUAGAUCGUGAAAAAGUUUACACGUGGAUUAUUGAAUUAUCAAAUCCAGAGACUCGUGAAAAUGCUCUCCUGGAGCUGAGCAAAAAGCGUGAGGUUGUGCCGGAUUUGGCACCGAUGCUGUGGCACUCGUUUGGAACAGCCGCUUCCUUACUACAGGAGAUUAUUAAUAUUUAUCCGGCUAUUAAUCCAGCUACGUUAACUGCCCAUCAGAGCAAUCGCGUAUGCAAUGCACUCGCUUUACUCCAGUGCGUGGCUAGUCAUCCAGAGACAAGAUCAGCAUUUCUCCAGGCCCACGUUCCUCUUUUUCUCUACCCCUUUCUUCAUACUGUCAGCAAAACCCGACCAUUUGAAUAUUUGCGUCUCACUAGUCUUGGAGUGAUCGGUGCCUUAGUGAAGACAGAUGAACAGGAGGUUAUUACAUUUCUUCUGACAACAGAAAUAAUUCCUCUCUGUUUGAGAAUUAUGGAGAGUGGGUCGGAGUUGAGUAAGACAGUGGCAACAUUCAUCCUUCAGAAAAUAUUGCUCGAUGACAGUGGUCUUUCGUAUAUCUGUCAGACGUAUGACAGAUUCAGUCACGUAGCUAUGAUUCUGGGAAAAAUGGUUUUGUCUCUUGCUAAGGACCCAUCAGCAAGGCUCCUCAAGCAUGUCGUAAGGUGCUAUUUAAGGCUGUCUGAUAAUCCGAGAGCUCUCUUAGCACUACGGCAAUGCCUCCCAGAUCAGCUGAGGGACAAUACCUUCGCCACGUGCCUCCAAGAGGACAAAUCUACAAAACACUGGCUGAAUCAAUUGCUGAAGAACCUCGAAACAGGACCACAGCAGGGACCACCACCCCAACCUGGCCAGCCCGACCCAAGGGGAAUAGGCAUGUCUCCUCUUGCCUCGUAAAGUCUCGGAGAAAAAUCUCUGAACAGAUCUCUUGGUGGUGUUCGAAAUUUGAUCUUCAAAAUCAGUAGCCAUGAGGUGAAGUUAACGAGUCGAACGAUCCUAGUCGAUUGUUCGAAGAAUAUCUCCGAAUCUGAGAGAUACUCCUCUUUGCUACUGGCUUGUUCUUCACAAUUAAAAUGUAAUAAAGGCGAUUUAAAGAGUACAAAAGAGUAUAAAGCAGAUGAAGGUACUGGGCAGGUACUUUUUUUUAGAUCGACGAAUUUGGUAUUGCCUGUCACCAAUUAAUUGUGUAAAGAUUGAGUAAUUGUGCUAUUCAAGGGAGAGGCUGUAGGGAAAAUGCCUUGGUGAAAUAGUGAUCAUUGUAAUUAAUGCCUGGAACUAUAUUCUUGUAAAUAAUUGAUGAUGGUGUGAGAUAACUUUGGCCACGAGUGUGUAUAUAAAUCUAGGAUAGGCAGGAAUCGUUCAUUAUUGUUUUUAGCCUCUGGAUGCAUCUGUAAAUUGGUGUGAGCUCACCCUCAUUCAUUAAUUUGAUUAAUACUACUUGAAUUCUCCUAUACUAGACAGUAAAAAAAAAUACAGGGAAUUGCGAUUCAGGAGAGAAUUUCAGGUCCAACUUUUCGCCCUCAUUAUCUUUACACUAUUUCGUAUGAUUUAUCCAAUUUAGUAUUUAGCAUCGUGUGCCGGUAAUUAAUUAGAAUUAAAAGAGUUUUCGUAUUUAUAAGAGAGAAUUAUGUAUUUUUUCAUUACUUCGUACGUUUUCUGGAGUUGAAAAAACUUCAGACCGAUUUUUUCUCUUCGUUUGAAUGGAAAAUCAGUCUCUAAAAGUUGAA